GCCUGCCUCGGUCAUAGCGUCCCGAACACCGAUAUACAAGGACGCGCGCGGAACGUCUUCCGCAAGAGCCCUAAGGACUCGACAGUGAAAACACAAAGAUACGAGAUGAGGUCGUUAUUGUUCUUAGCGGCAGUAUGCUGCUUAGUGUUGUCGGCUUACGCGAGCCCUAUCUCGCGGCCGGAGGAAUCUGAGGUGAAGGAGGCGGGAAGGCAAGCCGCUGCGGCUGCGCCUGCCGCGCCCGCGGCCUCUGAUGACGACGAUGACGACGAAGACGACGAUGACGAUGUUGACCUCGAUGACCCUUUAUCAGAUGACGAGGACGAUGACGAUGACGAAGAAGAAGAAGACGAGGAAGAAGAUGAGGAAGAGUCAGAUGAUUAUUUAGAAAGAUUCUUCGACGAUCUCUUAGGAGGCGGAGAUGAUGAUGACGACGAGGAAGAAUCAACAGGCGUUCAGUCAGUCGUGGCUUCGGCCGAUACAGUAGCCGCUGCGCCCGCGCCCGCGCCCGUCGCUGCUGUAGAAGAGGCAGUCGCAGCUUCGGAAGAAGUCGAGGCAGUGGAAGGAGAAGCCGCCGCAGAAGGCGAAGAACCUGAAGCUGGACAAAAAGAGCCCGCUAGCGCCGAAAUAGAGCCCGCAGCCGCUAGUGCGGAAGUCGCCGCCGCCGCCGACGCCGAGGACGACGAAGAGGAGGAGGACGACAUCACCGACGCGCUCGACCCCGAGGACGACGACGACGACGAGGAGGAAGAGGACGACGAAGACGACGACGACGACGAUCUCACCGACGCUCUCGGCAGAAAUAAACAAGCACGUGAUCUGUCUGAAGAACCAGUGAAGAAACCUCCGGUCCCUGCGGCCUACAUAGUUAAAUAUAACAGAUUUGUGGACAAUAUUCUCGAAAAAAUGAACGAUAUAUUGAGACGAUCUUACGACCCAGUCAAUGUAAAACUGCAGCCUAUCGAUGCGAGCAAAAAAACUACAAAGCCAAAGAAAAAUCAAAAGAAGUCAAAUAAAAGGAAAACAUCCAACAAAAAAAAGAAUUCUGCUCGCGGAGGAGUCACUGAGAAGAAGAACGAAAAUGAAACUAUUCGAGAAGAAAUUGGCACGGAUAAAGUAAGAGAACAGAUCAAUGACGAGAACCUUAACAAAAUUACACCAGAAGCUACGAAUUCAAAUCCAAACGAUUCAAGGGCAUUGAAAGAGAAAGCUAGCGCUAAACCAAAAUCAACAACUCCAAAGCCAAAACCAACUAAAGCUAAAGCCACCACCAAGCCAAAACCUAAACCACCAACCAAAACAACCACAAAAAAGCCAGCCAACAAAAACAAAGUAAAGACGACUGAAAAAAGCAAGCCAAGAGCCAAAGGUACAUUGUACGGAUUGUCUUCAUUGAGAAGAACUGGUGAUGUUGCGGUUAAUAUUAUGUCUGAUCACACAACAGUGAAGAGCAACUUUGCAGUCGGUCCUCUUAUAUUGAGAGUAGAAAAAGAGGUUGGACGAAAGAAGGAAAUUAAAUCGGCUACAGCUACAACGGCAGAAAUGAUGGGAAAGCUUACACUACGCGUUAAUAACGAAGGAGUUGCCACUUUGCAUUCCAUUAAAGUGUUACAGCCUAAACAGGUGCGUGUGGACAGCAACCACGAGAGAACGCGUGAGUUGGUCUGGCAGCGUAGCGCUCGCAUCGCUCACGUUGUAUCAGAGAAACUGAGGUCCGCAUCAAAACCAAUGUUCCUCCAGCAACCUGUAGUCAGGCAAUAAAAAUAAAAAUCAAAAAUUGAAAAAAAUGUUACAGCUCAUUUUGUUAUAUCUCAGUACUCGACUUACUGAAUAGGUUAGACUGUUCUUCCAGACUUCAGCUGUAUAUAAAUGCAGUGCCCUAGUUAAGCUAAAAAUAUUUAUUAUUACAAUUUUUUUAAAGUUCGAAAAAAUGUCUUUUAAAAUAAUAAUUUAAAAUAUUGAUUGGUGAUGAUGUUGAUUUGUUUAUAUCAUUUUAUUAUUUAAAAUUUAUUUGUAUACUGUUAUAGACAAAUCGACUAAAAUUGUGGUUUAGGUCUAGUUAUUAAUCUUAUCGUUAAAAAGGUGCGAUUUUAAAGGUUUUGUAUGAUACUCAUGAUUUUAAUAGUCAGAAAGUGCAUUUACUAUUGUAACUUAAUGGUGCUAUUUUUAAUGUACCACGGUACUAUUUAUGAUUAAGUUUCUAUUAAAAAACAAAAGAU